UUUGAGAGGGGAGGGACAGAUUUCUAGGUGGAAAAGGACAGGGUUGGCCUGGGGCUUCGCAGUCAGGUGGGGUCGGGCCGACAGAAGCAAGUGAAGCGGUGCCCUUUGCUUGACCUGAAGUAUGCCCACCCUCUCUGUCUUCCUGGAUGUGCCCUCCGCCAACGUGGCAGAAGACCAAUUGCUCAACGACUAUAUCCAAGAUGAGAACCCAAACAAGGUUUACCUGUCCCACAGAGCCUGCAAGACCAAUGAAGGGCAGAACUGGAUUUCACCCGUGGUACAAAAGACCCUCUUACAGCUCAUUUCCGACCCCACCCUCAACCAUGAGUACCUGCCAGCCUUAGGCCUCAAAGAGUUCAAUCGCGUGGUCACAGAACUGAUUGUGGGCAGGAACAGUCCAGCCAUUCUGAACAACAGGGCAGGUGCUGUGCAUACCGUGGGUGGCACGGGUGCCAUCCGGCUUGGGGCAGAGUUCCUCAAUAUGUGGCAUCAUGGCUCCCAGAAGGUCUACAUUCUCUGGUCACAGCUGGAUUUCCAUGGGCACAUCUUCGAGAGUUUGGGCUUCUCCUUGUGCUUGUACUGCUAUUGGGACUAUGAAAGGAUGCAUCUGGACACCGGCAAGUUCAUGGAAACUGUGGAGCAUGCUCCAGAAGGCAGCAUCUUUGUUUUGCACAACUCUGAAAGCAUGGGGCUUACACAAGAGCAGUGGAAGACUGUGGCUGCAAUGAUGAAGCAGAAGCGGAUUUUCCCAUUCUUUGAUGACCCUCAUCAGGGAUUCAUCAGUGGAAAUUUGGACCAAGACGUCUGGGCCCUACGUUAUUUUGUGGACAACGGUUUUGAGAUCUUCUGCUCCCAGACCUUCACCAAAAACUUUGGCUUAUAUGAUGAGCGAGUGGGAAACUUGAUUGUGGUGACGCUGAGCAGUCAGGUGAUGCUAAAGAUCCGCUCACAGCUGGAGGAGAGAGCCAAGUGUCUGUGGAGCAGCCCCCCUGACCUGGGCGCUCGUAUCAUCACUACCGUUCUCAACAACCCUGCCCUGCGAGCAGAGUGGAAGACUAGCCUGAAGGCCCUGGUGGAGACCAUCAUGCUGACCCGGGAGAAGUUGAAGGAGAAGCUGCGGCUCCUCGGCACCCCAGGGUCCUGGGAACACCUCACCUGCCACGAGGGCACCCACAGUCUUUUGGGGCUCAGCCCUGUCCAGAUAGACUACUUAGUCAAGAAGAAACACAUAUACCUCCUAAGAAAUGGGAAGGUCAACUUGACCUGCAUCAACUCCCACAACCUGGACUACGUCUCCCAGAGCAUCAACGAGGCCGUCCUCGCCUACCCACACCGUUCCUACCCUAGGUGUUCUUUCUCCGCUCCGGAGAAAAUGAUUUAACCCGCAAUAAAGACUCGUUUGCUCAAGA